CAACUAAAUCCAUGCCAUGUGCCUGCUGAGCUGAAUUGUAUGUAAACAGACCAUCGCAGAAACAAAUUUUUGCCUGCGAAUUUCUCAACAAACCAGUCGCGACGGCUUCGGCCGUUUUCGAAAUCUAGAAAAUGGGCAACAAGAAAAAGGCGAGCGCCAAGUCCGGGCUCGGCAAAACGCUGAUUAAGGACAGAUUCGUGCAGAAUGUCAACAGAAGGACGGUCGGAGAUUCCAUGCUUCACACGGCUGAAAUUAACGACGGGUAUGACUGGGGACGAUUGAAUUUGCAGUCCGUCACCGAGGAGAGUUCCUUCCAGGAAUUUCUCUCGACGGCUGAACUUGCUGGAACCGACUUCAAAAGUGAGAAAAUGAACGUCUCUUUUGUAACGGCCUCGACAGGACUGCUGAACAAAAAAGAACGGGCUGAAAAAGAAGCUCAGCACCUGCAGCUGGCUAAUCUGCUGAAAAUUCCUCGAAGACCAAAAUGGGACGCCUCGACCACUGGAGAACAACUUCAGGAAGAGGAAAAGGCUUCGUUCUUGCAGUGGAGACACGAUUUGGCCAAACUUCAGGAGGAAAAGGAAUUAAUUUUGACUCCGUAUGAGAAAAACCUUGAGUUUUGGAGGCAGUUGUGGCGCGUUGUUGAAAGAAGUGACGUCCUGGUGCAAAUUCUGGACGCCAGAAAUCCGCUGAUGUUCCGCUGCGAAGACUUGGAAGCCUAUGUUAAAGAACUCGACCCGAACAAAAGGAAUGUUCUGCUGCUGAACAAGGCUGAUUUUCUGACUGAAGAACAGAUCGACGCCUGGACCAAAUAUUUCUCAGAAAUCAACGUGACUGUAGCAUUUUUCUCUGCAAUUUUAGAGGAUGAAGAGAAACCAGAAGAGAUUGCCGAAGAAUCUGAAGAGACUGCUGAAGAGAAUGAGGAAUCUGAAGAGUCUUCUGAUGAAAUAGAGGAGCCGGUUGAAAAGCCAGUUGUCGUCAAAAAGCACCCGAAGGUUCUCUCAAGGCAGGAACUUAUCGAAUAUUUCAAGUCCUUCCAAGUGCCAGGCAAAGACUGCACCUGCAUCGGACUCGUCGGAUAUCCCAAUGUUGGCAAAAGUUCCACCAUCAAUUCUUUACUGCAGCAGAAAAAAGUUUCCGUCUCCACCACACCUGGCAAAACAAAACACUUUCAGACUUUGUACCUCGAACCAUCCCUGAUGUUGUGUGAUUGUCCCGGUCUGGUAAUGCCUACGUUCGUGUGCACCAAAGCUGACAUGGUUACCAAUGGCAUUUUGCCCGUUGACCAACUUCGUGAUCACCUUCCCCCUGUCAACCUGAUUGCAAGUCUCAUUCCCAGGCAUGUGCUCGAAGACAAGUACGGGAUCAUCCUUCCCAAACCUCAGGAAGGAGACGAUCCUGACCGAAGUCCUACUGCGGAAGAAUUCUUGAGUGCAUAUGGAUACAAUCGGGGCUUCAUGACGCAACGAGGUCUACCUGAUGUUUCUCGAAGCGCCAGGUGUGUUUUGAAAGACUACGUAAACGGCAAGCUCUUGUACUGCUAUGCACCUCCAAACUGCAGCCAGGCAGAUUUCCACAAAUUCCCAGAGAGAAUUAGUAAUAAACCAGACAAUCCAAACAUCCCACAGAACCUGCGGUUUAAACCUUCAAAGGUUAGUGCCGAGACAUUGGACCAAGCAUUCUUCACCAAGGUGUCUGUCAAAGCUCAUGUUAAAUCUACAGUUCCCAUGUAUGGGGCCACUGCACCUUCAACGGCUCCUGGAAGCAGUAGUGAUUCGAAUUUGAGUACGUUUCAGAGACCGCCUAAAAAGCAUUUUAACAAACACAAGAAGGAGAAGGCGAGGAGGGUGUUUGGAUACUUGGAUCAAGUUUAAUCAGCAGUGAUAAUUUUCAAAUUAAAUAUUCAACAAAUUCUGAUAAUUAUUAUAUUAUAA